AUGAAAUUUAAUCAAUCUCCAAAAUCAACUUAUACAGAAAAUUUCAAUCCACCUCCUGGUUAUUAUAUUGGUAAUGAUUUAAAUGAUAUGCUCAAUACAAUUAAGACUAAACCACCUCAAUAAUAAUUUUCAAGAUCAGAUAGAUUUGGAGAUAUUUAGACAAAUAUUCAUUCUCAAAGUAAAUCUGUUGAAGGAUUUGAUAAAAUUGCUUAUUAAUCUUCUUUAAAACAUUCCUUUUAAAAUAAGAAAAUACAAGAUCGUAAUUACGUUUAUUAAGCAUAAGUAUGUAAGUUUUAUUAAUUUAUAGUCAUAGCAAUAAUUGAAAAAGACUUAAGAAGUUGAUAAGAAAAUGAAGAAUUUGCUUAUCAAACAAAUGGAAAAUUGUUUGAAUUAAUAACUUGAAAUAACACCAUCAGGAUAAUAUGUUUUAGAUAAAUCAAAACUGUUGCAAAAAUUAUAAACUAUAGCCCCAUUACAAGUAAUUAUAUUCAUAUAAAUCAUUAGCCUCCUGGUCCUGGACAUUACAAUUCAAAUGAAACCAUAGUGAAACCUAGAGUCAGAGGAGCUAUUAUUAAAGAGGAUAGCAAAAGAACCACAUUCUAAGAACCAUUCUUGACAGCUGAUGUAAUAUAUGGUAAACAAUUAACUAAUAAUGGAUAAAAUGAAUCAGAACCUAAUCUAUCUCAAAAGUAAAAGUAGAAGAAAAUCAAAUUCAUAUAAGGAGAUGAAUAUAAUUUAGAAAAAUUAUUUGAAAAAGAAAGGAAAAAGAAAGAAAAAUAAGCUGCUCCACCACCUGGACAUUAUGAAAUUGAAUCCCAAUUUGGAAAAAUUACAGAAUUAAAUUAUCAAAAUUAAUGUUUUGAUAGUAGAGAACAAAGAUUUAAAUAUAUUGUAGAGGAUAAUCCAGGACCUGGUUAAUAUAGAGCUGAUAAUUAAUUCAAUGAAUCUGGAGGAUAUAUGUCUAAGUUACCUAGAUAACCUCCAAAAGAUAAUAUGAUUGUUCCUGUUGGUAAUUACAUUGUAUAAGAUUUAUCAAAACCUUAAAGAAGAGAUGGAAUCUUUCCAUCAAGCUUUGGUUCUGGAUCUAAAAGAAUGAAAGAAGUGAUAAUACAUAAUGAUGUUCCAGGACCAGGUAGUUAUGAUAAUUUGAUGUUAAAGAAGAAACAAUUUAAAUAUGUUUUUAGAAAGAAAGAGAAAAGACCUACAUUUGAAAAAUAUCCAGAAUCUUUUGGAUUAUCAGUUGCUAAAGAAUUAGUAUCUGUUAAUACCACUAAAGAACGUAGCAAAUCUGUUCAAAAACCAGUAUAAAUAAUAAUAUAAAUCUUUAGUAAAAAUCUUCUAUGUUUUCCUCUACUGUUCAAAGAUUCAAGGAUAAACAGAUAACUGAAGAAUUAGGUCCAGGAAGUUAUACUGUUCAUGGUUAAUUUACUAAAACUACUUUUAAUAAAGGAAAUGAUAUCUUUGGAAAAGGAUAAAGAAUCUAAUAAUAAUAAGUAUAAGAAAUUGGUCCUGGAGCUUAUGAUGGGGAUUACAAAAUACUUAAGAAAAAUUUUGUUAGAGAUGUUCAUUUUUGA